CGCGAUACUUCUCUGGCUCCUCAAGCGCCUCUGCACCACUGUCCCCACAGCUGUAGGACACUGGUUCCUCCCCUUCGCGGCCCCCAGCACGGGGUAACUUGUCAUCUCCUCUUCUCUCUUGCUCUCCCGGACUUAGGCAGUCUUCCACUGUGCUGAUCCGCAGGUGAGCAGCGCUGUAGCGCCGCUGUCAGGCAAGCUCACCUUGCACAGACCAGCGCCAGCGCAAAACUCUGGUACCGUGAAUGAUGAAGAACCCGAUGCUGGAAGCAGUGUCUCUCCUCCUAGAGAAGUUGCUCCUCAUCUCCAAUUUCAAGCUCUUCAGCGUGUGCGCUCCUGGAGGGACAGGGAGAAACCGUCCCUAUGAAAUCAGCUCUUUUCUCCGGGGCGAUGUGCUGGAGGUGUCACGGACUCACUUUACCCACUAUGGGAUCUACCUGGGGAACAACCGUGUAGCCCAUCUAAUGCCUGACAUCCUGCUGGCGCUAACCAAAGACAAGGGACGUACUCAGAAGGUGGUCUCCAAUAAGCGUCUCAUCCCCGGAGUCAUUUGCAAGGUGGCCAGCAUCCGUGUGGACACAGUAGAGGACUUUGCCUACGGAGCAGACAUCCUCGUCAAUCACCUAGACGAGACUCUCAAGAAGAAAUCAUUGCACAACGAGGAGGUGGCAUGCAGGGCUGAGCAGCAAUUAGGGCUGACCCCCUACAGCCUACUGUGGAACAACUGCGAACACUUUGUGACCUACUGCAGAUAUGAUGCUCGGAUCAGUCCGCAGGCUGAGAAGUUUUAUGAGACUGUGAAGAUCAUCAUUCGUGAUCAGAGAAGCUGUCUUGCUUCAGCUGUCUUGGGACUGGUGUCCAUUGUCUACACGGGCCUGGCAUCAUACACAGCCCUUCCUGCACUCUGUAUUCCAUUCUGCUUGUGGAUGAUGUCUGGCUAGCUUCCAGUCGUCACGUGAAUGUGUAUGUAUUUUGUGUGGGCCUAUGUUUAUAUUUAUAGAUCACAAAACAUUAUAAGCUUGUUGAGAAAAUGUGGCUUUCAACACUGUGUUCUAGAUUUUAAACAAGUGAUCAGAACCCUAUGAAGUGCUUACCAUGUAAGCCACAACAAAGCCUUUCUGUGUCCUCUGGGACAGGUCUGCUGUGGAGCAGGACAGCCUGUUUGGACUCAGCGGCCCCAGAAAAGCAGACCCUGAGGUGACAGUCACAAGAAAUUGCUUGGGUCACUCUUUUCCUCCUGGCUCCAUUCUGCUGCCAGGCUUACCAACUGAUCACUAACUUCACUGUAAAUGUAUUCUGCUCACUGAAUGACUGACACUAAAAGCAACAUUUUCCCUCAUUUAGAUGAACAUGUUUGAUAAUUAGCCAUAACAAAACCAAAUCUCACAUUCUGUUUUGCCUUUCUUCAUGUAAUAAUACAAUUUCAAGUCAGUCAAGAAUAUUAUUUUCAUGUCCUGAGAUCAGUAUUACGGAGCAUAAGGAAUUAAGUAGCCAGAAAUCAUAGAGAUGUUUUCUCUUGCACAGUGAUAGUAGCUAUUUAUAUUCACUUUUGAAUAGUCUGGUACUGUGUUUCCCUUCUUUCUUUUCAUAUGCCUGUAUGGCUACUUUAAAAGGUAAAGAGAUAGAGGAUUGAAGUAAUUCCAGUAUUUGGUGCACACACACACCACAUAAAUAUACUGGUACCUGCACACAUAUAGAUAGAUAAGUAAACUGUAUUUCUGGUUACUUUAUUAUACUAGUGUAAUUAUAUCUACAAAGGUGAACAUAACAGGUAAACAUAAAAUAAAGUCUGAUUUUCUUCCCUA